AUGUCUUCAUCCGAAGAGUCUCCUCGGGUUACAUCACUUCCUCUUCAUUACCCAGAAGUAUCGCACUUGCAUGACCCAGAAAUACUUCCGAAUGUGAUUCCAAAAAAUUUGCAAUCUCCUACAAAAAACGAGCAAAGUACCUCAUAUAUUGCAAACCUCAGCCGAACUGACACGGCCGACAUCAUCGAUCAGUUUUCAAUAGCGCUACCUGAACUGCAACCUCUCGACUACCCAGCUAGAGCGGCUUCAGAAGCAGAACAGAAAAUAUCAUUUUCAGCCGGAUGUCACUUGUACCCGAAGGCCAUGGCCUGGUCAUUUAUUCUGUCGUCCACACUGAUCAUGGAGGGAUUCGACACUCUUCUGAUUUUUAGCUUUUUCACUUUCCCAGCAUUCAGACAAAAGUUUGGGGCAUGGACUCCUCACAACGGAUAUCAAAUUUCCCCUAUCUGGCAAUUUGGCCUAUCGACAGCGGCAGAGGCUGGAGAAAUAGUCGGACUACUUGUCAACGGCUAUGUUGCAGAUCGGAUAGGAUAUCGCUGGACCGUGGUAUCUGCAUUGGCUUUCCUGAUCCGCGCAAAUAUUGUGCGGGAUCCCAUGGGUGUAUUUCAGACAUUGUCAACUGCAUACGCCGCGGAAGUGAUACCCGUUAAGCUCCGUGCUUAUUUGCUCAGCAAUGUUAACUUAUGUUGGAUUCUGGGUCAGUUUUUGGCUACAGGCAUACUGAGAACAUUUGUCGACAAUACUUCCCAGUGGUCAUACCGCAUUCCUUUUGCAUUACAAUGGGCGAUCGGUUUCCCAAUUCUUGUCGCUGUCAUCUUCUCACCAGAAUCUCCAUGGUGGCUUGUACGCCAUAGGCGACAGCAGCAGGCGAGGAGGUCGGUCCAGAGGUUAACUAGAGAGAGCAGGGUAAAUAUCGACCAAGUCAUUGCCAUGAUGGAGCAUACCAAUGAGAUUGAGAAAUAUCUUCAAGAGGAUGAAGGUAUCUCUUAUCUUGACGCCUUUAAGGGAGUUGACCGUCGUCGAACUGAGAUUGCCGCUAUGGUUUGGGUAACACAACAAGUAUGUGGAACAAGUUUGAUGGGCUGGGCAUCAACAUUUUAUGAGCAGGCUGGGUUCAGCGUUGACAAUGCUUUCAACCUGUCUCUCGGCAUUUACGGACUGGCUAUAGUUGCGACUGUGAUUUCCUGGUCGCUUCUUUCCUGUGUUGGACGGCGAAGGCUUUAUAUCUGCGGCCUUUCUGCACUACUCGCUCUACUAUUGGCUGGCGGUAUUGUGGGCACUCUUCCGACCUCAAAGGCACAGCUGUGGUGUCUCGGAUCCUUACUAUUGAUUUUAACUUUUGUCUACAAUAUGACAAUCGGCCCUGUAUGCUACGUUGUUGUGGCAGAGAUCCCAUCAACUCGAUUGCGGAUGAAAACGGUUGUUCUGGCCCGGAUAGCUUAUAAUCUAGCUGGCAUUCUGGUGAACUGGAUGACCCCACGCAUGCUGAGCCCGACUUCAUGGAACUGGAAAGGAAAGUCCUGUUUUUUCUUCGCCGGUACCACAGCGCUGUGUCUUGUCUGGUGUUACUUUAGACUGCCAGAGACUUUUGGUUUGACCUACCUGGAGAUUGACAUUUUAUUUCAGAGGAAAGCAAGGCCAAAAAAGUUCCGUGAGCUCCGGGCCAACCUCGAAAACUCAGGAUAUUUUAGCGUGCAAGGUUUGGGGAGGGAUGCAAGUACUUGGCGACGAUAUUAA